AGCGGUCGUGAAUUCACGUUUUGUGGGCAUUUUUUUUCGUGUAGAAUUGUCGUGCAAAAAGAAACUAGUAAACCAAUAGUGUGUGUGUGUGUCUUUCUGUGUUUGACAGUCUUUAAACUUUUACUAUCCCACCCACCAAGGGCACACACAAAGAAAGCCACCCGCCCUCUCCCCAACCCACGUAGAUGGGAGAGGUCCGUGUCCCCCCUGUGUUUGCAUUGUUCACUGGCUCUUCCCUCUUCCCUUGUAAAUUGGGGUCAAAAGCGGUUCAUAUACAUGAUCGAUAAAAUCGAUGGCUGCGCGAGUGUGUGACAUUUCGUAACCAAGUUGGCGUUGUGUGUGCCCUCCCCCGUCCGGUCCGCCCCUUAUGUAGAGGGUCACAACCACCCCCUCUGUGUCCCACCCUCCACUUCGUGCAUGAUGUUGAUACUUGGAUGGCUCUAUCGGAAGGAGAAGACACCCCGUAUCGCACGCGUGUACGAGAUAAAGGCAUUAUGGGAGGGUGCCCGGGUGGGAGCGGGAGCGGGCGCACAACCCCUAGAGCCCGUGCUGUUCGUUAAAGGGCAGCGCGAGGCCCUAUUCUUCGCGUAUGGGUUCCCGUCUAUGAUUCAAUCGUCAACCCCCCGAGAGGGCGAGCGAGCGAGCGAGCGAGUGAGCGAGUGCAGCAGUGACACAGCAGCGAGAAAGAGACCGGCUGACCGGAUUAAAAGAUUCACCACCCCUUGUGCGCGAAUAUGUACACCCCAAACUCGUCUGCCUGAUUCUGUGUGUGUGCGUGAUUGUAGGUGUUUGUGGGUGCGUCCUUGGUGUGCGUGCCAUAAAGAAGAGGAUUAGGAUGAGGGUUUCGUCAUACGAAAGGGAUCUUUGAACCUUUGACCUCAGCAGGGUAUAUCUCCCGCGCGCCUGUGUGUGUGUGGGAGCAUCCGUGUGUUGGUGUGCUGCUGCUGUGUGUUUAUCACACUGGGCAAGAAUGGGGUUGCAUGGUUUUUGUGUGUGCAAAAUACAGCCUGAGUCCGUCGUGCGCAUCACAGCGCGAGGGUGCUGCCUUUGUGACUCCUGUUUAAUUGUGUGUGUGUGUGUGUGUAUGUGUCCCCCUUCUAAAACGAACGAGGGCAGCAUCACCAGGGAAGUGUCGCCUUCCAUCUCUAGUCACAUGCAAUAGGCAGGGACACACGCCAGUGUUGAAUAGUGCGAUAAGAGCCCGGUGUGGAGGUGACUACGCGACGUGCACUACGCGAAUCGUACCGCCCAACAUGAGCCAAGCGGCCGCCGGACUAUCGCAGCAGUUCUGCGUACGCUGGAACAGCCAUCUGGGCAGCCUCGGUGCCGCCUUUCCACAGCUAUUAGCCGGCCAAAGGUUCGUGGAUGUGACGCUGGCAUGCGAGGGCCACCAGGUGCACUGUCACCGGCUGGUGCUGGCCGCCUGCUCGACCUACUUUGAGAAUCUCCUGGGCGAAAACCCCUGCAAGCAUCCGAUCAUCAUCCUGCCCCGGGACAUCAAGCUGUGGGCGAUCCAGGCGCUGGUGGACUUUAUGUACAAAGGCGAGGUGAACGUAUCGCAGGCGGGACUGCCAGAUCUGAUGAAAUGUGCGGAAGUGCUGAAAAUUCGUGGCCUGUGCGGAUCGGACGCCGCGCUCAACCUGAACCAGGUGCACAGCCCAUCGGGCAGCCACCAGUACCAGCAGCAACAACACAGCAGUGCCAACAGCAGUGACGCCGGUGAGCCGGUGGAGCAUGCCGGUGCCACGGCACGGGCGUCCGAGGGAUCGUACGCGGGACGACAUGGGGGACAAAGUCAAAGUGCAAGAAUGCAGCAAAGCAAUGCAUCCAGUGGACCAAAGAGACAGCUGCUGAACAGUUUAAACCUGCAGCCGAUUGACGCGGGAAUUGCCCUGCCCCAUCACCACCACCAUCAGCAGAAUGAGGACGGCGUUCACAGUGAUAACGGGGAGAGUGGCAAUGAAAUGUGCAUCAAAACGGAGGAUUUAAUCAUCGAUGAAGAUGAUUCAGGCAGCAGACAGUGUGGAGACGAGGAUGAGCUUGGAAUGGACAGUACUGACAAAACCGGUUCCGACGCGAUUCGCUGCGAGCAGUUCCUCGGCGCACAUCCAAUGGAUGCGGAGGAUCGGGUCGGGAGCGAUUCGAUGCGGGAGGACCGAAUGGAGGAAGAGAUGGAGGUGGGCGAAAAGAUGAUCGAUGAUGGACGCAUGGUAAUGGAAAAGUCAGAACAAUGCCACACCGAUCGGCACCCGCCGUCCUCCGGCGUUGGUGAUCCGCCCGAUUACGACCAUUUUGAGGCGAACGAAAUCGAAGGUGCUGAGCAUGAUCUGAUGGAGUUGGAGUUGAGUGGGGAAACCGAUGCACCGGCGGAAGCUGGAGCCAACAGGAAGCGCCGAAAGCUUGCCAUUACCAACACCACCACCAGCUCCACACUAAACAGCGAGCUGCUAGUGUCCGCUGGCGGCAGCAGCUCCUCCACCACCCUGUCUAGCUACAGUCACAGUGUCAAUAGUGCGGGUGAGCAACGAUCGAAAGCCGGCGGCGGACCGCGUACGGUCGGGGCCGUGCCAUCGCUUUCCUCCAUAGGUGUGCGGUCCGGGCCCGGCGGUUCCCGCGGCUCGAUACGGGUGAAAUCCAUCGAGAAUCUCUUCGAAAACUAUCAAGCCAAACAAUCACCAAAGUCUUCCCGCGACAAGAGAAGGGCCCAGCCGCACCACUCCCCGGUGGUGGUGCUGGGCUGCAGCGGUGCCAAUAUCAGUGAGAACGAUAGUAGUGCCAGUGAACAGCAGCAGCAUGCUGCCUCGUUGAUGUACAACCGCAACGAGAUGGAUGUGUACGUGAAGCAGCAGCAACAACGGAUCCUAAAAACUGCGGCCGAGCGGCACGCCGACGGCGGUGACGAAACGAAUGCUUCCACGGUGAUGAGCGAUGGCGAUGGGUAUGAGAACAUCAUCUGCUCGCCGAACUUCCCGCAGCUGAGCGAAGCGGCCAGUGCCGGCGAUGGUGGUGCCGGUGGCUACAAGGCGGAAGAGGACGACGAGGACGAGGAGUACGGCGACGAGUACGCCAUACAGCUGCUGGCGGAGGAGAUCGACAGCAGCCUGCUCGCCAACGGGGGCGGCGAAAGCGAGGGAGACGAAAUUCUGUACAAACCACCGGCCCUGAUGGCGCUCGGCGCCGCCAAGGGAGCGCACCCCGGCAGGACGGCCGCCGGCCUGCGAGCGUACGGUGCGGGUGGUCCUCCCACCUCGACGCUGACGAUUCGCAAGCUGGACGGACGGUCCCGUGGCAACGUGCCGCAGGCGACGGGCGGCUUAGCGCGCACGGUAACGCGUCGACCCCGGCUAACUGGCCGCUCGAAGGACGCGCUGCAUCAGCUGCUGAACUCGAACGGUACGCCACCACCGGUCGCCUUUACGCUGCGCAAUCCGCGCGGCAACCAGCCGCGCACGUACAACACCGAGGCGCUCUGGGCGGCACUGAUGGACGUGAAGGCGGGUGAAAGUAUUUACCGCGCAUCGCAAAUGCACAAAGUUCCUCGCAAGACGCUGCGGAAUUGGAUGAAGCGGUGGGACAUCAAGUCUGCCUACCCGAUGCCGAGGCAGCUGAAGGAGGCGGCCGAAAAGAAGCGCAUCAUAAAGGAGCUGACCAGCCAAAUACAAUAGCAGGAGCGGCGGCAGCCACUGCUAUGCCCGCUAGCGCACGAUAACGGUUUAGCACAGUUUAGCUUCCACUAUGCUAACGGCACUGCUGCUACGGUUGAUGGUGCCGACGGCAUCCCGCAACCAGCAGCAGUACCGGAAGCAGUUCCAAUCGUUGCCAACACGACAAUGCCAAUAAUAUGGGGAUAAGGAAUGGUACAUUAAAGAGGGGGGAACAGCAACAGCAGUAGUAGUAGUAGUAGGUUUUCAGGGAGAGAAAGAGAGAGAGAGAGAAAGAGAGCAGGGAAUGUAAUUUUAAAUUCAACCAACAAAAACCAAAAAGAAACGAAAAAAGCCAACCUAAAACACACAAGUCGCCAACAACGCCGCAAACGUGCGUGAAAAAGUAAAGGAAAAAAGGAAAGAUAAUAUUAUAGAUAUAUAUACAAACACACAUGUAGGGAAGAGAGACAUUAUACGUACAUGGGCAUAACAUCACGGGAAAAAUGUUACACAUUUGUAAUGUGCAAAAGACAUUGCGAUGCAAAAAAAAAAAAAAACAAAAAAGGGGGGAGAUCGGAACUAGUUGCCAAGAUAAAGAUAAAGAGUUUGAACGAUAGAGAAUGAUCCAGGGAAUAGUAAGAGUAUAUUAUAUAUAUACACAUUAUACAUAGAUUUUACAUACACUUUAUUUAAUUUUACAGUAAGGUUGCUAAAGUGGGCGAACAAAUGGACUUCUGCUCCAUCAAGCGCACUUUUCGCAGGGAGAAAAUGAAUCAAUUUCACGUACACGGGCCGCGGUAGUCAUUUAGAAGAGGCGAACCAACCGCGCGCGCGUAUAAGAGCGACUUAUUUUUCGCAACCAAACCAGCAACACUCCAUAUAUACUAAUUGAUUUACCUUAGAGUGAUUUAAUGGCCAAACCCAAACAAACCCAUUUGCGCUGCUUCCUUAGUGUGGUCACAGUGUGUUACGACGUUAUUUUUAAAUUCAUACAUUUCAGUCAAGUUUAUGGUUACGCACACAAGCUGCGUAUACCAGUACCAGGCCAAAAGUGGUAGCAGGAGUAGAAUGGAUAGGGGAAUAAGUCACACCACGAACUCGAAAAGUCAUCUAAGCAUUCGUUAAAUCCGUUUGAUUUUUAAAACAAAUGGAGCAAAGUGAAGGUUUCUAGUCAUUCGUCUGUCUCCCGUGCUGUGGAGCCCCAGAUGCUAUUAUUUGAUUGUUUUGUUUUUUUUUUGUUUAGUUUAAUCUACAUGAGGCGAGUAUAACUUUUGCGUGCUUAAUGGUGUAUAAGUAUUUUGUUAGUUUCGUUUUUUUGUUUUUAAUUUUGUUUAUCGAUGUUUUUUUCCUUCUUCGUUUGUUAAUUCGGUAAAAUGCAGUGGCAAUACAAGCGGCAUUGGAGUAGAACUUACAUUUACGCAUAAGUAUUUAGUUCAAUUGUGAUGGACUUUACUGGAUGGGAGCAGCUUUUUACGUUAGUUUCUUGUUUAUUUUGCUCUUCAAACAAAAAAACAUUACCCUUACCUUAUCUGAAAUCCGUUCCUUUUUGUGUUAAAAUGGAGGAAAAACAAGUUUAUAUUUAUAUACGUAUGAUAAUUAGUCAGGCGUAACAAGCAACCAAAAACCAGAAGCAAAAUUUAGGAAACAAAAUUAAAUCGUAAUAUGCUCUAGUGUGGUAGGGAUUUUAAUUGUGACAUCUGUACUUAGGUUAAAUAGUUGUGCGGAUAAUUUAGUUUUGUGCCCGUGUGUACCACCAAACCAAAUUCAAGGAUCUGGCAAGGAUCGUUCCGGUUCGGGUCUCGUACAUCUCAUAAUACUACCACUCUCUGUAGCGUGGGACGCUGAACGUGAUACUUGCCCGUCUGGAUGGACGAGAAAAAGGAAACGCCGCAGGACGUGAUGGCGCAAGUACGAGAGAAUCUGCAUGAUGUGUCGUGUGAAUGUCGAAUGUUGAAUGAAUCCUCUCCUAUUUUUUUAAACAAGAGGAUUAUGAUCUUUAUGAAUACGUCUUGCGAGAUAGACACAGAUGGAUCUUAUGACAGGAUAUACCGAAUAGAGUCUGCACACACACACUCACAACAGAAACCCCAACAGACAAAGCAAAAUUUGCCAGUAAACUAUUUAUAAGAACUGAGAGAAGA